AUGUUCCUCUUCACUAUUAUCCUGUAUGUGUUCUGCACCAAUGUGGCUUCCAUUUCUUCAGGAACAUGCUCUGUCCCGAAUGAUCAGCAAGGGCUGGUUAGAGGCAUCCAGACUCAACUGGAAAAGUGGGGCGGUAUGCAGGGCAAACCUGAUCCAAGUAUCCUGAUUGCUUUGAACUUGGCUGAGGAUCCCAACCUGAGUGUGAUAAUGCAUUUGGUGCAGCAGAUCAAAGAAACAGCUGGAACAGAGAUGACCUCUGGCAAAGUGGCUCUUUAUGUCCUAGCUCUUCGGUCCUCCUGCCAGAAUCCUGCCGAUGUCAGCACGCCAGAAAAACAUGUCAACCUGGUCCAAGUCCUUGAAGAGAAAACAAAGGAAGAGAUUAAGCAUAUACGUACCACUGGGACUCCCAAGACAACCUACUACCAAUUUGCUCUAGAUACUUUGGCUCUGUGUGUAGAAAAAAGUCCAGAACUUGAAAGGGCUGCCACCACCCUGGCCAAGGCAGUCUUGGCUAAUCGUUUCCAAUUCAAUGGUCAUUAUUCUGUAGAUACUGGUGCUGUAGCAAGUCUGGCACUGUUCUGUUUCUAUGAAGGAAGGAUCUCGUCUCAGCAAAGCAAACUUGUAGGAGCUAUACAAGAAGCCUUGGCCCUGGCCACAAAGAAUAUCCUUAAUGAACAGCAGGCUAAUGGCCUCCUUGGAAAUAUCUAUAGCACUGGCCUUGCAAUGCAGGCUCUCAGUGUUACUUCUGAGUUCUACUCUGCUAAUGCAUGGAACUGCCCAAAGACCUUGAAAGAAGUGCUGAGUAAGAUCACCCAGAAAGCCUUUAGCAUUCCAGCUGCUGCUUCUCAGAUCCUGCCUUCCCUGGUGGGCAAAACGUAUUUGGAUGUGAGGGGUCUCACUUGCAGCUCCGAAACUGUAACAGUGCAUUAUAAAGUAAUCAAUAAGCUAAUAGGACCUUACUUCGAGUAUUCCAUAACUGUGAUACCAAAGGGUUCUGUGCUGCUCGCUGUCUUGAAAGCCGCUCAACAACUUAAUGCAAGUGAAUUCAGCUUUGAAACAAAGGAGACCUCUUGGGGCCUCAUGAUCACCUCUAUCAAUGGCCUCCGAGGCAGCACCAAUGAAAAGACCUACUGGCAGUUCCUCAGUGGCAAAACAUCCCUUAAACAAGGGUUGGCAGCUACAAACUGA